UCACUGAGCUGGGUUGCAGGAGUUCUGCUAUCUUCCGAGGACAUGGCCAGGCCGUCCAUAGAGAUCCCCGACGGCUAUUGCCCCAAAGAUCCCAUCUUGGUGCGCCCUAGUAGCCCCACGCCGCGCCACACUAUAUACCUUUCCAAUCUCGACGACCAGCCCUUCUUGCGCUUCUCCAUCAAGUACGUCUACGUCUACCGGCGGUCGGUGGCGGCGGAGGCCCUCGCGGCCUCUUUAGGCAAGGCUCUCGUGGAGUACUACCCCCUCGCUGGCCGGCUGGUCCGGAGCCCGGAAGGAGGCAGAGAGAAGCUUGUGGUGAACUGCAAUGCCCAGGGGGCGGUUUUCGCCGAGGCCCAUUCCAUCCUCACCGCCGACGAGUUCCUUCGAGGCGCCGCCCGUCCCAACCGAUCCUGGAGGAAGCUCCUGUAUGAGCCAACGGACGAAGAACGGAGCUUUAUUGAUGUCCCACCACUCCUGGUUCAGGUGACGUACUUGAGCUGCGGCGGCAUGAUACUCUGCACGGCGAUCAGCCACUGCCUCUGCGACGCCAUCGGCACGGCGAACUUCUUGCACGCGUGGGCGCUGCUCACGGCCAAACCCAGCGCUGCUGUGCCCGUCGCCGUCGUCCACGACCGCCGCCUCUUAAAGCCUCGAGAGCCGCCGCGGAUCGAGUUCCCCCACCCCGAGUUCAGUAGCCAAACACAGGAGUGCUACAGCAUCUUCCAGCUCCUCCUUUCUCAGCCGCUCACCCCUGUUUCGAUCACCUUCACGGCUGCCCAAAUCCUCCACCUCAAGAAGCAGUGCGUGCCGUCGCUCAAGUGCACCUCCUUCGAGGCGCUCGCGUGGCACGUGUGGCGCGCGUGGGUCAAGGCACUAGACCCUCCGCCGGCGCUCCGCGUGAAGCUCCUCUUCUCGGUCAACGUGCGCCGGCGGCUGAGGCCGGAGCUCCCCGGCGGCUACUUCGGGAACGCGUUCGUAAUGGCCUGCGCGGAGACAUUUGCGGCGGAGCUGUCCGGCUCGAGCGCCCGCGGUGGGAUCAUGCUGGUGCAAGCAGCCAAGGAGGGAGUGCGCGACGGCCAAGUCCGGUCCGUGGUGGAUCUGCUGGAGGAGCGUUGGACGCGGCCGGACUUGUCGGCGAGCCUGGUGAUCUCGCCGUGGACUAAGCUGGGGCUGGAGGAGGUGGACUUCGGGGAGGGCCGGCCGCUCCACAUGGGCCCCAUGACCAGCGAGAUCUACUGCUUGUUCCUGCCGGUGGUCGGAGACUUGCAUGCCUUCACCCUGCUCGUGUCAGUGCCGCAGGGGAUCGCGGAGAGGUUCCACCAUUGCUGUUUGAUACAGCAGCCGGAUGAAAGCUACAUGAACAGAGAGAUGUAAUCACAAACAUAAAAUCAAAUCAAUCUCUUCCUCACCAUAAA